AUGGAUGUUGAAUGUGAAAAUGUGGAAGAAAUUGUCUUUGAAAGAGUAGACAGGGACUCGAUCGAAUUAUUGUGUGCGAAUGAGGCAACUCCCAUUCAUAUAACUCCUGCUCCAGAAGAGACUGCCAAAAUAUUGGACAUUGAGCAUCUAGGCAUGGAACAGAGGCCAGAUGAUAUAAUCUCUCAUGAUUCUUGUACAAACCAAGGCUCUAAUGAUGUUGAUGUCCAAGAGAUAGACGUAGGACUGAAGACAAAUUAUAUAGCCCUUCAGAAAACUUGUAUAAACCAGGACUCUACAGCUUUGGACUCACAUGUGUUGGCCAAUGGGCAAAAAACAAAUGCUAUGUUGCCUCAUGAGUCUUGCGUAAACCAGGGCUUAAAUUACAUGGAUGCCAAGACAAUGGACAUAAGACAGACCUCACACCUGAACAAACAACAUAUGUGUAUAACUUCAAAGCCAGAUAGCCAAGAACCACAGGAUUCUGGAAUAUCAUUGAGACAAACUAGUACGGACACACAGGAGCCAAGCCUACACAUGGACAGAUGUGAGACAGUCAUGAACCAGAGUCCUCAAAUUAUGAUAUUGCAGGAGUCCAACACUGAGCCAAUGUCAGAUAACUCUUGUAUAAAUGAACCCAGCAUGAAACUGAUACCAGACAAUGGCAUACAAGAUCUAAAUAUUCAACACAGCCCAAAAAAUAUUGGGUUGGUGGAGUCAAAAACAAUACAUAACUUACAUAACACACAAAAUCCAAGCAGGGAAGAGAUUUUAGAUAAUACAGGGACACAUAAUUUAUGCACAGUUCUUAACAAAUAUCACAUGGACUCCCAUGUAAUCCAGUCCUAUGAUGAACAAGGCAAAUGUCAGAGAUUGGAUAUAGAAAAUCAAAAUAUGGGAAUAAAGCAAAGUAUAGAUCAUGUUGAGCUGAGUUCACAUUUAGGAACCAAAUGUACUUUAAAAAAGAGUCCAAAUAUCGAGGGUGCCCCCAACAUUGGAAUUCAGCAAAACCUAGAAGACAUUAAUGCACAGGACGUAAGUGUGAGUAGUUCAGGUCCCACGAAUUCUGACCUGAAGCUGAUCCCAGAUAACACAGUCACAGUGGCACCAGAAGGUUCAAUUCAUAAUGCUGUUACAGUAUGUAUAUUUCUAUUAUACAAAUUCUCAGACUUGUUGGUUUUCCUUGCUUUCCGUUUCUCUCUUACCUGCUUUGUUAUGUGCAAUCUCUUUUAUCCUUCAUAUUUUUGAUUUUUUUGAGUUUGUUCUUCAGGAGACUAUGGCCCACACACAGAUGGAUUCUUGCCAACCCGUUUCCUGUUCUGUGCCGGGAGUUUGCAGUGUUUGCCACUCACUUUUCACCCAGAACACAGGAGCUGUCCUGCUGCACUCUGACUCAACAAGCUCUAUUAACCCUCAGCUUAUUCAGGGUAAGGAGGCUGCUUGUCCAUCUCAAUACUGUAACUACUGCACAUAAUGUCCUUUUGUUUUACACGCAUACUUCACAACUGUGCUCCGUUUUUUUCCCCUUUUUUCCUCUAGGGCAAGCAUGUCAAACUCAAAGUGUGGCACGGGCCACAUAAACAAGGUUUAAGUUUAUGUGGGCAGCACACACACAUACUCACUGACAGACACACGCACAGACAUACUCGCUGACACUUAUACACACACUUUUCAUUAUUUCUCCCUAACUUAUGAAGCCGAUGGGGGGCAUCUCCCUGGGGUCCUUCCUGCUCCUCACUGCUCCCUCACGCGGUUUAGAGAUGCCGGGUGCUGGAAUAUGAAGUCAUAUUCCGGCGCCCGGCUUCACUUCAGUCGGCGCGUGCGAGGGAGCAGUGAGGAGCUGGAACACUGAGCUCCCUCCCAGCCAUCCUCCCCAGCCGGGUAAGUGUUAGCAGAGUAGACACCUGCAAUAUAUGGAAAGCAGGUGCCUCGUCUGCUAUAACCCUAAGCAUGUACUCGUGGCUCGCUGGGCCGCAAAGAUGGUCCUUGUGGGCCGCGAGUUUGACAUGCUUGCUCUAGGGCCUUGGCAAAAAUAUUUGCCUUUGUCACAUUUUUGGUUUUUGUAGUGCAGCUUGCAACAGUGGAUGGAUACAGUAACUUAAAUGAAAGGUUUAGAAGCACUUGAACAAAUUGAAAAAAAAUGGAACUCUGAAGUAUGAGUUGUAUAUUGCAUUGAUGUUUGUCAACGAAGUUUCAAUCCAAGAGCAAUGAAGCCGUGUAUAACAAUGAGGAAAGUUUUAGAACGUGAUUGUAAGGCCUUGGUCUGAUAACUUCCAGCUGGUGAUGUCCUAGCAGAGGGCAUAGCAGUUGAGUUGUCAAUUUUACCAACCAAAAGCUUAGACGUCCUGAAGAUUUGUCCAAACGUUAUGGUAACUGUACAGUGAAUUUAGCAAUCAGCAUUGUGGGAUUUCAGUGUGCAAGUUUGUAUGUCAUGAAGGCUGUCAAGUAACCGUAAUAUAAAGCCAGGAAGUCAGUCUGGUAAUAAAAAGUAACCAUGCUGUGGGUCAUAAGCGGGAGUGUCCUCAUUAUACCAUGAGCAGAGUUUAAAAGCCAUGGGGUCUAUCUGAGAAUUAGGCUGAAGUACAACAGUAUUAGGCGAGAAAGAGAGAGAUCAGGAUAGCGGUUCCAAAGUUCGGACCCAGGAAUCCGUAAACCGCAAACAAAUAGAUAUCUUAGGAGGAACACUGUAGCGGGACACCUGGUAACCCGACUGAUUACCUCCUCUAGUUCCCUUCCUUCAGCCGAUCAGGAACUCUUACAGGGUUAGGGGACUUAGCUCCAUGCAGUCCCAGGGUUGGACAGCACUCAGUCCUGGAAGCUCUUGGUCUUAACUGCAUCCCCUGCAAGCUGGAACAGCAGGCACAGGGGUUAAAUCUUCCUUCCCUUCAGUAACCAGACGACACAUAGUUCUGGAGGUUACAAAACUGUCAAUCUUUUUUGGGAACACACAGCAUUUAUGUCUCCAUUCAGUUCAACACAAUCCCAGACAGGAGGGGGUUGGGUUACAGAUUGCAAUCUCCCGCAGAGGGUCUCCAUUCAGUUCAACACGAUCCCAGACAGGAGGGGGUUGGGUUACAGAUUGCAAUCUCCCGCUCUGGGGGAUACCAAAAGUACACAGGGACACACAUUAAAACAUAUUCCAUACAGGGGGGUGACCUUUGGGGCUUGCCUCGUAGCUCCCACGAGGGGAACGCAGUGAUUAUAGCUCUGUUGGGAGCGGGUAGAACGGUCCUCGGCACUGGGACCUGAGACAGUGUACGUAUGUCAGUUCGGCAUACGAAUGCUGCCCCUGGUUGGUGUUCGGUUAUACGAACCGGCAGCCACCCAGGGGAAGCAGGCGCCGCUUGUUUCCUUGCGGUUUGCCGUUUUCACACCUCGUUACGAGGUGUGAACGUUCUAAACAGACAUUCGAAAUGAGGUGUCGGUUGGUCCCCGUUUGGGAGCCGAACAGAAGCUGUUCGUAUGAACUCUCCCGAACGGGUAGCAGGUAAAACACAUGUUACAUAUAGAUACUUGGGGAGACACAGAGUACAAGGGAAAAUCCUCAGAAUAAACAUAGGGAACACAAAAUACAAGGCAAAACAUGUGAAUAUUCAGUGGGCAUGGCACUUAGUGGCCCGCUACGAACACAAACUGUUUGUUUGAGACUCUAUAUCAAGCAUUGAUUAAUUGGAGGCACAUGUUUAAAUAGGAAAGAGAGGUGCGUGCUGGAAACGUUUAAACCCUUUCAUAAAAAGGCAUUCUGACACUUUGAAACCCUCCUUCCCUGUGUAGUUGUGAGUUCUUACAAUGACCCUCUUUUGUCUUCAGGCUGCAUCAUGACAAGCUCCGAGGGCAAGAACCAAGAGAUUACACAGUACCUAAUCCUGCAGGAUUCAGAUGACCGUGAGUAGUGAAAUAUUUUGUUAAUAUGUUACACAUUAUCUCUUCAGCUGGCAGACUGUUGUAUGCUGGAUAGUCAAAGUUGGACACCACUUAAGUAUAGCAUAUACUUUUUAUUCUGGAGACAUUAACAACCAGGAUAGUAGUUGGCCUAAUGUGUAGGGUGAAUUUUUGAUUGUUUGCUAGAUAUUGAGAAAGAGUAUAUACUUGUGUAUAGUUGUUUGUUUUCUGUACUGUGUCACUAUAAGGCAUUUAACUUAUACUGAAACUUGGCCACAUAUUUAAUCUCCUUCUGCAUUCUAUCCAACUUAUUUAUUCACAGUAUAGACAUACUGACAUUAGGCAUCUCCGUGUAUGUGAGCCAUAUUGCCUCUUUUUGCAUUUUCUACAUCUGCAGGACAAAUGAGACAUCGCUAGGGCAUCUUGGAGUCCAGUGAUAUGUACCUAAAUUAACCAAAAUGAACUUAUUUGUUUCUAAAGUUCCACCAUAUUUUGUGCUGCAAUGACCUUUGUCAUGAAGCAAUCAUGUUAUUCAAGGUGUAGUGAGCAACCAAAUCGGUUUUUUACAUCUACUUAUUACAUUACAUUGGCAUGUAUAAAUAUGCAUGUUUAGAAGAGGUUGCAAAGAGUUUCUACCUAUUAGACUCACCUGCAAAUGAAACAUUCUACUUUUAGCUUGUUUGUAGAUGAUACAACAUGAUUAUUUGCAUAUUAUUCACAGUUCAGUAAACCGCUUUAUGAUGUACAGUGUAUAUAUACUUUUACAUGACCUUGUUCUUGGUUAAAUAGAGUUUGGUUCUGCAACCAGUAUGAGAUUAAUUUUGUGAGAAUCCAAUGGUACUUUAUACUUUAGAUGUUGGAGAUUAUGUAUUUACUUUUAAGCAAUGUUAACCAUUGUUUCAGCUCCUCCUAAUUACCAGCUAACACUGAGUCCUGUGGCGCCUGGUGAGAUGUCUCCAUCACAUGGCUCUUGUGGACCUGAGGGUGUGUCUGAUAUGGAAGCUCUCGAAGGGAUGAUGGAAGUUGUCAUAGUGCAACAAUACAAGUGUAAGAUGUGUCAGUACAAGAGUGUGUCCAAGACCACGUUGUUGCGCCAUGUGAGAGAACGUCAUGUCAAAAGAGGUAAAAAAUAAAUAAUAAAUAAACCUCAUAAAUCAGCAACAUAAAUUUUAUUAAUUGCAUUGCAAACCUUUAAUCCGACCAUUUAUUUACUUUAAUGUGAGAUUGAGACUUUGGAAACUGAACUUUCUCAGCUUUAAAUUAAGACCGUUCAGUAAAUAUAUCACAACAGUCUUCCUCCAGCUAGUUCUUCAAUGUGUGCACAGACACUAGUGUCAACAUAAUAUUUCCAUGAAGAAAUUAUUGUUGAAAUUCUUGGGCAACCUGUAAAUUUAGAAUACAUUAAGAAAACAAUGUUUUUAAAAAGCAGACAAUAAACCAGUAUGAAGAAAUUAGUUAGCUGCAUGGUAUCCAAACUUGCUUAUAGAAACAAUACGUACAGUACUACCAAUACUCCAACUUCUGAAUGUCCCCAUUACACCCCUAUAAGAUUUAAAAUGUGCAGCACCUAUGCUCUUCAACUCAACCAACAUACAAAUGUUACCAGAAGUGGUACUCAAGCAUAUAGACCACAAGGCACAGUAGAUCCCGUAGCUUUUUAUUACUUUGGACCGACUUCGAUGGUAACUGUAAGGAACAAAAAGAAAUAGACUGCCCUCCUCAAGCAAUUUUUUUUUUUUUUUUUUUUUUUUACGGUGCUUGUAGGAAGAAUAUUCAACCAGAUCAUAUCAAUUGUAAAAAAUCAAAAGAAUCUUAUUCAGCCAAAUGCAUACAUUGACGAGUGCUGAGGAUUCUUUUGGUUCAGUGGUAACUAUGUGAGGGACCAUGGAGGCCUCUCAUAUUGUUCUUCUGCAGGCCUUAAGGAUGAGAAGUCAGAUUCUGAAAAUAACAUUAAUUUAACAGUUUUAACCGAAUAUAUUUUUUGAGAUUGAAUAUCGCUUACAGUAGGUAAAAACACAAAUUUUAAAAUGGACACACAAGUCCACAUUUUUUGCUGCAUUGAUAACCAAACUGCUACUUUUUGUGAUUUUUAGCUUCAACCGUACAAUGAUCUAACCUUUGCCGACUCAAAAGAAGUCUCCAAAUGGCCUGUGUUAGUUUGUUUGAAAACUCAAGGCAUUCCCUUUACACAUGAAUAUGAUAUCAACCUGUAGCUAACUGUCCAGUUGGUUUGGUUAUCCAGUUGAUUUACAUGUUCUCUAAGCAAACCAUAUGCAGUUUUUAAUUUUAAGAGGAUUGCAGUGCAUCAUGGGAGCCGCAAUUCCACUGCAUCUACAGAGCUACGUGCUGAUAACCCUGAAUCUACAUAUAUAGUUAAAAUAAACUUGCAGCCAUAUAUAUGAAUGACACCCUAUAUCAUUGCAUAACUUUAUAAUUUUAGUUUAAAAUUGCCUGCUUAGAACAGACCUGAUCUUUUGCCUUUUUUCCCCCUCUCUCAGGUAAGAAUGAGCAAAAGGACAAAGAUAGAAAACCAGAGCAGACACAGGAAGAAGAGGAGGAAGAGGAUGAUGAUAUUGUGGAUGCUGGAGCCAUAGAUGAUCCAGAUGGUAGGAACACUUAGAUCUUUUGGCCUGCUAUACAGUUAAAUGUGGAGUCUGUUUUGAUGUGCUUAGCUACACAGGAGCACUGAUUGAUGUGAUCAUUUGUUAUGUGAAAUGAUGGGCAAGUUGCCACUGUUACAGUUUAAUUAUUAAUACCUACAGAUGUUAUAUUUAUUAUUUAUGACAGUGUGAAUGCACUUACUCCCAUAACCUUGGUUUCAUUUUGAUGUGUUUUGUAGGUGACAGUGACUACAGCCCAGGAGAAGAGACAAGUCGCAAUUAUCAGUUUGAAUCUUCCAAUGGAACCCUUGCGAGGGAAAGACCACGUAGACGGCCUGGACGUCCACGUAAGAUUCAGCGUACUCAGGGUGAGUUGUGUGCCUCUUUGUUCGUAUUGCCUCGUUGCAUUGGAUCUGCUGCUUAUGUGGUGCUCUCUGUAGGUCCUGAGGUGGAUACAACAAUGCCAACAGUUACAGACAAUCAGGAUGAAGUUGCCACCAGUACCCCUGCUUCUGAAAACAACGGUCCCACUUCUAACAACCACGAGGAGCAGAAACUACCCAAUAGAACACGUGGAUACAUCCCUAAGAAUUUCCGUGGCAGAAAGUACAGAAGGUACCGAAGUCGCAGGUUAGUGAAGAGCAUGUCAAAAUUAGCAAUAAUCUUUUUUUGUGUGCCAAACCGGCAAUUAGAAGAAGCAAGACAGCAAUGUGGGAACAGAUUACAUAAGAGAGGGCUCUUGGUUUUUUGGGGUUUUUUUUCUUUCAUGUUUCAAUUGUUAUUGUUCAUAGUUAUACUGGUAGAAACUGUCAAAAACGGAUGAAUGCAUAAAGUAAAAUUGCUUUUAGUUCUUUUAGCCUUUUAUUUCAUGAUCUUUAGUUGCUGUAGGUAUUUCUAAGUCUUGCACUCUGUAAUAUAACUAAAUUCAAAUCACCUCUUUCACACUGCUUUCUGGUGCAGUAAAUAUCCUCUCUAAUCUGGUGUAUGUGUUCUCUAGGUACUACAAGCCGCCAAAUAAGCAGUUGCUCAGGCCAUUCCUGUGCCGUGUGUGUGGUUCCCGUUUCCUUACACUUGAGGAUUUUACCUUCCACGUGAGCUCACAUGAUGGGAAUGAUCCUCAGACCUAUCGGUGCCUUCAGUGUAGUUAUCAGUGUCGUAGAUGGUCUUCACUUAAGGUUAGUGGGUGGGAGAAAUGGAAAUACGAAUAGCAUCAAUGGCCUAAAUUAGCUAUGUCUAACACAGAAAAAUAACAAUUGCAACAUAAUUUAUUGUUUAUUGGAUAGUUAUCAAAAGAAACUGUCAAUUUUUUAAGCAACAUAAACUUCUUAUAAGUGGAGAAUAUAACCAAAAAAAUACUCUUUCCAAAUGUAUAUGUAGUACAUUGUUUACAUGAAUAGCUGUACAUAGCAUAUUUAUCCAACCAUUAAUCCAUUCUCCUCUAAUUGAUAUUUUGUAAACUCUUUUAAGUCAUUUAUGCUUUAUUUAGGCUUAUUAAUUUCUUUUUAUGUCUCCCUCCAGGAACACAUGUUUAACCAUAAAGGAAACAAACCACACAAAUGUGAACAUUGUGAUUACACCAGUGUGUACAAGAAGGAUGUAAUCAGACACGCAGAAAUACACAAACGAGAACAGUGAGUGGCUACUUUAAGUGAUCUUCAUUUGGGCACUUUCCUUAUGCUAGAUUUAUUAAAAUUGCAAUGGCAGGCAGAGAUAUAUCACUAUAAUCGUGUUGUAUCACUUUACGUACCCUCCAGACUAUUCCAUGUUCUGUAUAUAAAAUAAUUUAAAGAUUAGGUUUUCUUUUUCAUUUCUUCACCAACUGCCCAUCAUGAUACUUGGUUCAUCUCUAUGUUGAAUUGAGUUUCUUUCUUUCUGCUUAUCCAGGGUGAUUAAAUAACGGCAGUGUGGGAGAAGGGGGGGUUCUCAUCACCUUCAUAUUAACAUUCAUAUUAACAUUGACCUUUAAUUAUUAUAAAUGCACUUUUUAUAGAAGCAGAUAUAUUAAUGAAUUAUUUCAUGUGCUACGCAUCUUGCAGAUGUUUUAGUACAGUGCUCUCCCAGCCUCCCUCAUACGUUACUAAUUGCUAUAGCUAUAGGCACUUAUCGCAAUAAACAUCCUGUGAAGUUAGAAGUGGGCACUUUCUAUGUUUUGGUUUUAUUUGCUUUCCAUUCUAUGUAUCCAGUUUCUCUAUCUCUCGCUUGAAGUUCUUCUGGGUUGUUGUUUGUUUUUUUUGUUUUUUUUAUAAUUUAACCCCUUCAGGAGGACGGAGUCAAUAGUACAUGUUCUGAUCAGAACGUAAACAAAAACUGGAAUUUGCGUUAUAUGUCUGUUAAACCGUAAUUCACCGCUGUCACAUUAAGUGCACCCACACUUAUUAUAUAUCAUUUUGUUCAGGAGAAACAGGGCUUUAAUUUAUCAUUAACUAUUCAUAUAUGGAACAUCAUUUAUUAUGAAUAAAAUGUAAAAAAAAUUGAGAAAAUAAGAUUUUUAAACAAAUUUGUAUUUCCGUCUGACAUUUUAGCUGUUAAUGUCAUAAUAGGUUUUACUGCAAAAAUAUGCACAUAUUUGUAAUCAGCGAUGUCUCACGAGUACAACAGUACCCCCCAUUAACAGGUUUUAUGGUGUUUUUGAAAGUUACAGGGUCAAAUAUAGAACGUUCCAUUUUCAAAUUGAAAUUUGCCAGAUUAGUAAUGUUACCUAUGAGACGGUGUGGUAGCCCAGGAAUGAGAAUUACCCCCAUAAUGGCAUACCAUUUGAAAAAGUAGACAAGCCAAGGUAUUGAAAGUGGGGGGUAUGUUUAGUCUUUUAGUAACCACUUAGUCAAAAACACUGGCCAAAGUUAGCAUUCAUAUUUGUUUUUGUGUGAAAAAAGCAAAAAACUAAUAUUUGGCCGGUGUUUGUGACUAAGUGGCUAAUAAGAAAGACUGGACAUACCCCACUUGCAAUACCUCGGGUUGUCUACUUUUGCAAAUGGUAUGCCAUCAUGGGGAUAAUUCUCAUUCCUGGGCUACCAUACGCUCUCAAAGGCAACAUAACCAAUCUGGCAAAUUUCAAUGUCAAAAAAAUGAAAUGCAAGCCUUAUAUGUGACUCUCUAACUUUCCAAAACACCAUAAAACCUGUACAUGGGGGGUACUGUUAUUCUCGGGAGACUUCAGUAAACACAAAUAUUAGUGUUUUAAAACAGUAAAACAUAUUACAACAAUAAUAUAGUCCAUAAAAGUGCCGUUCGUUUGUAAAAAAAUUUGUUUACUUAAAAUUCGUUUACUUAAAAUAUCAUCGUUGUAAUACAAUUUAUCAUUUUGAAACACUAAUAUUUGAGUUCAGCGAAGUCUCCUGAGUAAAACAGUGCCCCAUAUGUACAGGUUUUAUGGUGUCUUGGAGAGUUACAGGGUCAAAUAUAGUGCUUACGAAUUAAAUUCUCUGCACUUUCUCCCUGUGUUGUCAGGUAUGUCAAUCAAAUUUUAAUUAAUCAAAUCACAUAAUUAUGUUAAAAGAUUACUUAAAUAUACACGUAGAAUUUUAAUAUAUAUGCAUUUAGAGGUAUUUAAAUUCUACGUGUAUACUAAUGUAAUCUUUUAUGUAAUUAUAUGUAUUUAUCUAUAUAUAUAUAUAUAUUUUAUUUGCGAUUCUUUGUAUUUUAUAUAUAGAAUGUCAUUCUAAGUGUAUUUUGUUACAUAUAUAUAUAUAUAUAUAUAUAUAUAUAUAUAUAUAUUUUAACAGAAUAGUUAGAAUGAAAUUACAUAUGAAUAUAUAAUUUAUAUUAAAAUUAUACGUGUGUGUGUGUGUGUAUAUAUAUAUAUAUAUAUAUAUAUAUAUAUAUAUGUAUGUGUGUAACGUCAUUCUAAGGGUAUUUUAAUACUAAUAUAUGUAUUUAUAUUAAUAUUAAAAUACACUUUGACGUUACAUAUAUAUAAUGUGUAUGUGUGUGUGUGUGUGUGUAUAUAUAUAUAUAUAUAUAUAUAUAUAUAUAUAUAUAUAUAUAUAUAUAUAUAUAUAUAUAUAUAUAUAUAUAUAUAUAUAAUUUUUAUUUUAUUUUUAAAACAUGUUUCAUUAAUUUAUUUUACACUCCCCACCAGCAGGGGAACGGUCUGACAUUUCAGACAGUCCCCCUGCUUGCAGAUCCACAGCCAGCUAUAAGGGGCCAUGUGAUCACUCUUUGCGAGCGAUCACAUGGCCCCCGGGGGCCUCAUUUGCCGGGGGAGGGCUGCCUGGGCUGUGAGGCAGCCCUCCAGAAGAGGAUCGCGGCUGGGGUUGAAAGCCGUUACGGCGUUAAGGGGUUAAAAGUACAUUUAUCACAAGAAAAAAGGUUUCAGUAUUUUGCAGUGUUUUUAAACACUAUGAACAAAGUGAAGUUAUGCUUCCUCUCUUGCCUUCAUAAAGUACAGCGCACAGGUCAUAGAUAUCCUAAGUAAUUUGCACAGUCUGUCUUACGUUUUAUUUAUUAUUAUUAUUAUUAAAGUAGAACAUGUAUCAUACAUCAAAGUAGAGCUAAUAUAAAGAGUCUUACAAAAUAUCUUUCCCAUCAGGUCUAAAACAUGCUUACAAACGUUUAUCAGAAAAUAUGUUUUUAAUACUUACAUACUGUGGCUUGGUGUCGGAGUGCUACCUCUUUGGUCUGUUUGUCCAAUGAGACCAAAUAUCGUAAUUGGAAUCCGUGGGUUUUUCAUUUAUGUAGAAACCUUUUUCCACCUAGGCUUGAUAUUCCAUCUGUGAUUCUGUUUUAUUUAUACAACUUUGUAUUCCUGGCCGUAUAGUAUCCCUCUACGGUCAAAAUAGAAAAAUUUUCUAAGUCUGCUAUGCUUCCAGUUAAGCUACUAUGACCUAAAGAACCAUAUCAGAAGCGAGUAUUCUUUUUUUCAUUUUAUUAAUGCAUUGUCUGUAUAAGGUAAAUUCAUAAUUUAGAUUCCUUUAAUAUUUCAAUCAAGGCUUUUCAGAUUGGCAAAGCAAAUACCGUUUCAAGAUCAGGUUUAGCAUUGUUUUGUAAUUUAUUUGAGUAUAUUGAACUCCAGGUUCAUUUUUAGAUUGUUAGUGCUUACUGGAAUUGAAAGUUCUCAUUUAGGGUUACAUAUUUUGUGUGUUUUUAGUGUGCCUACGUAUGUUUGAUUUGUAUUUCUGUCCGAUAAAGGGGAAUUUGUUUUUAAAAAUAGAGAUUGUGUGACUUGGUAAAACAAAAAAAAAUGUUUUGUUUUUUUUCUCUCUCAUCUAGAAAGAAGAAAACAGAAAUGGUAAGUGCAUUAGAUCCCAUACCAUACUUCUUACAUAAGCUGCCCUCUUUAGUCAACAUAUCUGCUGUGGUGGUUAUGAUGGUAGAAGUGUACCUUAAUGCCAUUCUCUGCCAAUGGAGCAAGCCAUUUACCAGCAGUUUGCCCUCUUACUUGCUCCUCCAGGGUGCAGGGUCUGCUCUGUAGUUGGGUUUGGGCAGAAGCCAGAUGUUGAUCCUGUUACUCAUUCACUGGCUGAGUGCAUCAGCUGACCGAUUUUAGAUAAUGAAUGAGUGUGUCUGCAUCUUCACAGAACUGAAGUGGUCAUGGUGCUUGGAGUAACCCUUUAAAGCUGCAGCAGGUGCAAUUGUGUUUCUGCCAAGAGACCAAGUGGACCAAUUGUCCGGCAAUAAUGUCCUUUGGUCUAGCAUUAGAUCUGUGCACCCUACAAGCCUGUAUUAUUAAUUUUUUUGAUUAUUUUUUUUUUUUUAAACUCUUGCUGACGCGAGGGAGCAAGUAAAAGACGUCUGAGACAAAGAGAAGAUGUCCAGCUUCCUCCCUCUAGACCAGUACCAAACAGUCCUGAUGGCCAACCAACAAUCCAGGAUUUAUGCAUUUCCCUGUUUUAUUCCAUUGGAGUUACUGACAAAACCUGGAUUGUUGGUUGGUGUUGAGGACUGGUUUGGACUACCCUGCUCUAAUCCCCAUCAAAAGGUUUGUAUCGUUAUGUGAGGUGUAAGACAAUAUGGAAAAUGGGGGGGCAUUAAUAUAAAAAAAGCACUGCUCGAACUCUUAUUACUAUUAGUACAAUGUAUGAUAGAUUCUUUGCCCUGUCUGCUCCAUCAUUUCACCCACAGACCUGGACAUUUUGUUUACGUCCCAUUGCAUUUUUCAUUUUAGUUCUCAUCUAGUUACUCUUAUGAAGCCACAGAUUGUUUAAUGGUAGACAUUUCAUCACCAGCAAGCUCAUUUUCUCUUCUUCCUUGCAGCCCGUGAAAGAAAGUUCCUACCCGUGUCCUGUGUGUAACCGUGUUUAUAAUAUGCAAAAGAGGUUGACACAACAUUUGAAGACUCACAGUGCUGAGAAACCACAUAUGUGUGACAAGGUAACCAACACAAUUUUUUUCAUAUUUUUAGGAACACAUGUCGUGUGUUUAUUUUUUUUUAAUGUUCACUACACUAUUUUGAUUUGUUCACAGUGUGGAAAAGCAUUUAAGAAGCGUUAUACUUUUAAAAUGCAUCUUCUGACUCACCUUCAGAGUGUGGACAGCACCAGGUACUCACCCAGAAUACAAUUAUAGCACCAUAUCUUUACAUACAAUGCAUCUACUUUUUAUAUUUUAUAACGAAUCUGCAAUAAUGGCUCACAGCAGGUGUUACAUUUUCAACAACAUGCAACUUUUUCUUUACCUAAUAUUAUUACAGUUAGGAGUGGCCCAGAGCAUGUCUGCAAAGCAUCAUUCCUCGAUUAUACUAAAAAUUCCAGCUGACGUUAUCACUCUGUCAUACACAUUUCAGAGGUGCAUUAAUUUAUGCAGAAUAGUGUUUCCUCGCAUCAAAUCUUGUAUGCUGUCAAUUUGUUUGGAUGUCCAGCUACAGAUUAGAAGACUGGAGACCACAUUAAUAGGUUCCCCAUCCUCUUUCACAAAGACUUGUGUAAUGAGCUGAAACAAACUAGCACACUCCUCAUUUUAUAUGUGGGUGUCCGGGGCAAUCCCCCAAUUUAAUUGCCACUAAUUAUUCAGACCACCAUAACACUCGUAAAAUUUGGCUGGGUGUAGAUUAUUCCCUCUUUUUUAAUGGAACCCUGGUAAGCACUACAGUGUUUGUUUGUAUAGAUAAUGAAGUUGUGUUUUGUUUUUUUAUUCUUCCCAUAUUUCCCGGUGUUAUUCAAAGACCCCAGAGAAAUGGCCGGUCAGUAAUUUUCUGUUUAACAAGCAAAGAUCUUGUAUAUAUUUAUCACCAGUUACAUCUUUUCAGUAUACAUGUUGCCUCUUAAUGGUGAUCAGCCAGCAUGUUGGACUGUUUGUAUACUCCGAGAAUCUACUGUGAGUCCUCAGCAGUAAUCAAUAAUGCAUUAACAUGGGAUUUAAUUAUCCAGCGAAAACUAAGCUUUGACUAUUCAAGAGUAUUUAGCAGUUUCAAAAUGUAAUUAUGAGGAGGUUGUGUGUGUGUAAGUGUAAUAUUGAUAGAUGUAUGUGUAGAGCAAAAGUUUGAGGAUGUAAAAAAAAAAAAAAAGCCUAAUAUAUGUAGCCUUGUGUGUCUCUGUGAUCAGCGGAGAAAAGGUGGUUGGAUUUCUUUGUGCCACCGAUAUUCUUCAUUUUUUCGCCUUGGUGAACAAAUCUGAUGUGAAAUGGAGCAUACAAUUGCUGCAUACUGGGGCUCAGAAAUAGUAACUAGGUCACUUGGUAUCUCCAAUUCAGCUAGCAAAAGUCUACAUUUAUGACGCAUCUCUGGACUCAUGGGUUCGGCUGUCGCUGGAGACGGGGGUCUUCCCUAUCUUUUAAGCAUUUUUGCCUUUAGUAAGAGAAAAUAGAAACGGAACUUUAAAAAAGAAACUGCUCUCGAUAGGCAUUCUGUAAAAACCUACAAACUCCCUUGAAACAAAGAGUGUGCGAAGGAGUAUUUAAUAUGUUUUAGUGCUGAUAAUUACCCAAAGUUGCAGUGUUUUUUUUUUUUUUUUUUUUCAAGCCGCCUAGAUUAACUAUGAACGGCCAUUUAUUAUCAACUGCCAUUUGUUUGAUAUGCUUGGCUGAGAGUACUCACUGUGUAAAAUGUAUCAAAUGUCAUGAUCUAAAAUACUUUGCAAAGUUCCUGGAUUAAACUCUGAAGUUAACUGUCAGUUAAACUAUAUCCGUUGGGCUGUUUUGUGACUUCUAUAUGUGUCACUCACUUGUCGAAGGGAGUUUGUAAUAUUAUUUGGUAUUAGUGUAUUGGUAUCUUGACUUCAUUUAAUUUUCCUGUUCAAAAUUUUCUUUGCCUACUAAGCUUGAUCCACUCCCUUGGAUUAUCAGAUAUAUUGUAACGGUGGCUACACAGUAGAGAUCAUCAGCCUUCAUAUUUGCCGUUAAAGGACUACUAUAGUGCCAGGAAAACAUACUCGUUUUCCUGGCACUAUAGUGCCCUGAGGGUGCCCCCACCCUCAGGGUCCCCCUCCUGCCGGUCUCUGGGGAGAGGAAGGGGUUAAAAUCUUACCUUUCUCCAGCGCCGGGCGGGGAGCUCUCCUCUCCUUCCUAGCGACGUCAUCGGCUGAAUGUGCAUGCGCGGCAAGAGCCGCGCGCACAUUCAGCCAGUUCAUAGGAAAGCAUUUAGAAUGCUUUCCUAUGGAUGCUGGCGUCUUCUCACUGUGAUUUUCUAAACAUAGCUGUUUCUCUGAAACUAUGUUUAUAAAAAAAAAAAAAGGGGGGUUAACCCUAGCUGGACCUGGCACCCAGACCACUUCAUUAGGCUGAAGUGGUCUGGGUGCCUAUAGUGGUCCUUUAAACAAUACAGUAGGGUACUGGCACUUUAACCUCCUGUAGAUGUGAUGGAAUAACUGCCUGUAAGCCCCCAUUCUCAUACAUAUUGAAAACCAUAUAUCCUACAUAUCUCCCAGGCCAGCUAAGGGAAUUAUAACGGAGAGCGAUCAUGAGUAAGUUCCUCUCUCCUCCUCCUUAUAAAAGUAAAUAUGCAGGGACACUUUGAAAAGGUAAGCGUUCUUCACAAAUAAUCUAUUUGUCUCGUAAAGUCUCUGUGCAUUACUUGUAACUGAUAAUUACAUUUUUAUCUAAACGUUGUGCUAGCCAGAUUAUUGGCAGCUUUAUAACUUUAUAUUUAUCACGGUUUUAUUUCUGCUAUAUCCUUGCCACAAUGAUAAAGACUACAAAUAUGGAGUCCACAGGCAUCUGCACAAAGUUUAGUGCAAGGCCUAGCGUGCACCCAAAUGCUAGGAAUUGUUAGAUGCUCUACGAGUUAUUUGGGCUUUGCAUUCUCCUACCCUGUCUAUUGUUAUUAGUAGGAGAUUUGCAGUGGUGAAUUUUUGGCCUGACUUGAAUUUAAGCCCCCUAUUACACUGUACAAUUUGAGAGACUCGGUAACAAUGUAAAUCUGUUGCACACGCUUUAAAAAGACUAUUAUUUCUCUUUCGUUCCUUCUUUUUGUGAGAGUGCUAAGUAUAGAGUAGGUUAAGGCUUCCCUUGCCAGAAUCCCUAGGAAUUCUUCUGCACAAUUAACCUCCUGUGUUACUCUGUGAUUGCCAGGUUCAUAAUGAAUGCUUUGCAUGAUGAUGGUUUGUGGAUUAAUGUGUUCUCUGGGUGAUUCAUCUCUCCUUCUCAGCAUCUUCUGGUUUCUCUGAUUUCUUACCUUAUACUUUGUUAGCUAUUGUUUUUUUUGGGGGGGGGAGGGGGUGAUGGAGGCGAGUCUGUAUUUUAAUUCUGUUUUAAAUCAAGCUAUUAAAGCUUUCUAUGCAUAUUACAGAAUGUGAUAUAUUAAUGUUGUUUUGCUUAAAGGAAACCCAUAGGCUAGGAAUACAAAAUUGUAUUUCUAGUUCUAGAGUGCCUUUUUCACACCUCCUCCCCUGACGUUUGCCGAUGUCAACCAAAUGCACCCCUAUGGGGUUUUAGCUGACGCUAGAUGUCCUCAUGCAUAGUGUGAGUACGUCCAGGAUCAGUUAGGCAACCAAAAGAUGCCUAAUAGCCCGGAAGCGCCUCUAGUGGCUGUCUGGUAGACAUCCACUAGAGGUAGACUUAACCCUGCAAUGUAAUUAUUGCUGUUUCUCAAUAACUGCAAUAACAACUACUGCAGGGUUAAACUGACAGGGACAUUGCACCCAGACCACUUCAAUAAGCUGAAGUGGUCUGGGUGUCUAUAUAGUUCUCCUUUUAGACAAUUUAUGCCCAAUAUUUUCAAUAUGGGAACAAAAAUGCAACGUUUCGCCCUACAUAGAGGCCUUUAACGGCCUCUGUGUAGGCCGAAACGUUGCACUUUUUGUCCCAAUAAACCUGCCUUUCUGCAGCAAUCCUGAGUGCCUCGACCUAAUUUAUGUUAUCUACUAAACUGGGUUUUGCCAACCCUGGCCCUGAUAAGCACCUGGAUUCCUAAGUGUGAGUGCGCUGUCUUCAGUUUGUGAAUUACUACUAUAUUUUAAGUAGGCUGCCAGAAUUCCUUUAGCAAGUAAUGCAUAUUGCAAAGGAUAUAAAUAAUAGAGCCAGAAUGCUGUUUUCGAUAUAAAUGUUAAUUGUUUCUUUUUGACUAUAAACACGCACAUUUGAGAGCUAUACACUGAUAAAAUACCGCAGCUGUAUGUUAAUCGAAGAAAUGAGACAGAUGUUUUUAAGGAUAUUAAAUAGGUCUCAGAUUCUGUAUUUUUUGUGAGUCUGUUUUGCAGAGCUAUUUUAGACAAGCUGUCUGGAGAUAGCUAGAGGGUCAUUUUGCUCAGAUAAUGUAGGGGCCUUCCAAGGAAGUGGAGAUAGGGAUACCGAAAGCACUAAAGAGAUGCUGACAGGCACAGCAAUUGUUAGGUGUGCCUACUAGCCCCUGUAAGGGAUCUCAGGGGAAUAGAGGCAGCUGCGUCAAGACUGGUGUGGCAAGGUAAGUAAAACUAUUUUAUUUGUUUCGGGAGAGUCCAUGUAUCUAAAUGGAUAGAUAAACACUCUAACUUUCGGAAUACAUGUUUGUAUUCUAAACUCUAGUAUUCCUUUAAAUGGUCUACAGUAUCUUACUUUAAAUGUGCUCAGAUCAACCUAUAUGAAUGUUCUCCUUCUAGAAUUCCAAGAAUUGGAACACUACUGUUUCUUUUAAAAAGCUUCAAAGCAUUAGUGAGUUUAUUCUUUCAGCAUAACACAAUGUUUGGUAGCAUCAUUAGGUUGGAAAAACAGAGUAAUACGGUGAAUUAUAUAGUGGGGGACUUUUAAGUAGAUGGGUUUGUUGUGCAAAUUCAGAUGCUACAUCCCAUUGUCAAAACAUUUUUUUUUUCAAUAUAUAUUGCGCAAAUAGUUUUUCUUAUUAAAAUUACAGUGAUAAUACACUGAGGGGGGUGGGUUGUCUGUUGCUGACGACAUACACCAAAUAUGCUGAGAACUGACAUGAUGAUGCUAGUGGAGAUGGUGUUACAUCUCAGGAAAGGGUUUAACUCUUUAUGGACAACAUUUUAAACUGAAAUGCUGCACAUACAGACUCCAAGUUCCAUGACUACGUCAAAUCACUGAAGUGGUCACGAUGUUUGGGUAACGUGUUUUAUUAUUAUUCGAGGAGAAAUGUGACUGCCAUUUUUGCAUCCUGAAGGUGUCUAUGAAAGACUGAACUUGAUGGGCUUAUGUCUUUAUUUUUUGCAGCCUGUAUACUUUAACAUCACUUAUAUAUGUUAACCUGCUCCAUACAAUUCAUUGGUGUUCGGUAUGGGAAGGGUAGGGAGAAGCUUGAUGUUGUAGCUUGAGAGCACAACAUUCUAAACGUUUUUUGUUUUUGUUUUGUUUUUUACGGAUUCUGAAAAGCUCGAGCAACACCUACUCGCCCUUGUAUUCUCAUAUAUGGGGUUACCAUUAUUAUUUAUAAAGCGCCAACACGUUCCGUAGCGCUGUACAAUGGGUGGUCUAACAGACAGGUAUUUGUUACCAGAUGAGUUGGAUACACAGGGAUUGAGGGCCCUGCUCAAUGAGCUUACAUGCUAGGGGGAGUGGGGUAAUGUGACACCAAAAGUAAGGGUAGGGUAGAGAAGUAGUUUGCUAGGAUAGUGUUCACCAUCACUGUCCCUCAACUAACCUAACAUCCCUAGUAUAACAGAAAUAUUUCUAUCUACUCUGGACACUCUGUGAUAGUACUUUUCAUGCCAUACUGUGUGACAGCCUUGACACAUUUACAUUUCUGGCUAAUGCUGUUGACAUAAUGCUGAAUGCAUACAUAAUUAAAUCCCAUGGACUUUGGUUCACCACCUUCUCACAAUGUCUGCUCCCUCCAGGUAUAAAUGCGAGUUCUGUGAAUACAUGUGUGAAGAUCGGAAGCAGCUUCUGAAUCAUCAGCUCACUCACAUGAAUGACAAACCAUUCAAAUGUACUCAGUGCAAGUAUCACACCUACCGUCAGGACUUCUUGCUGUCCCACCAAGCCACCAGGCACGCAGGUUUGCUCUUUUCCAGGGUAACUCGGGUAGGAGGGUUGGGGAGAACUUCAGGCAAGCCACAUACAUAAUGUAACCAUAUGUAUAUGGGAUAGCUUCCUAAUUGUAGAACAUAAAUCUUACUUGAUUUGCUUUUAAAAAUUUUUUAGGUGGAAAGCCAUUUGCUUGUGAUUAUUGUCACUUCCAUACCAAACACAAGAAGAAUCUGCGCCUCCAUGUGAAGUGUCGACACGUGAACCUGUUUCAAGAGUGGGUCCAGCGCCACCCUGAGGAAACCCCAAGCCGUCAGCGACCCUUUUUCUCCAUUCAACAAAUUGAAAAACUGAAACAGCAACAUGACCAGUUGGAGAACCCUGCUCAACAAGCACCGGAAGUUGAGGUUAGGACUUACACAAACUCUUGAGUAAAUAUGAGCACACAGAGCCAUGUAUGAAAGAGACAGAAAAGUGGCCUAGUAAUACAAAAAUGGAGGCAGCACGUGUCAGGAGCAUGAUCUAAUAGAUUAGAGCACCUGAAAGCCAUGGGAAUAUUGCAGUUAUCAUAUACGAUAUUAGAGAGAACUGAGGGAAUUAAUAAGCUGGGGUAGAAUGAAAGCUUGAACAGUAGAGUAAUUAUUAGCAGUGGAAAGAGGGUGAUCAUGCCAUUGUACAGAAGACCUCAGUUGGAGUAUUGUGUGCAGUACUGGAGACCAUAUCGCCAGAAGGAUAUUGAUACUUUGGAGAGAGUGUUCAGAGAAGGGCUACUAAACUGGUUCAUGGAUUGCAGGAUAAAACUUACCAGGAAAGGAUAAGGAACUUAACAUGUAUAGCUUGGAGGAAAGACUAAACAGGGGGAUAUGAUAGAAACCUAGAAACCUUUAAAUACAUAAAGGGAACAUUAAAAUACAUAAAGGGAAUCAACACCGUAAAGGAGGAGACUGUAUUUAAAAGAAGUACUAUCACAACAAGAGGACAUCGUCUUAAAUUAGAGGGCAAAGGUUUAAAUAUAAUAUCAGGAAGUAUUACUUUACUGAGAGGGUAGUGGAUGCAUGCAAUAGCCUUCUAGCUGAAGUGGUAGAGGUUAACAUAGUGAGGGAGUUUAUGCAUGAGUGGGAUAGGCAUAAGGCUAUCCUAACUAAAAGUCCAGGGACUAAUGAAAGUAUUUAGAAAAUUAGGCAGACUAGAUGGGCCAAACUGUUCUUAUCUGCCGCCACAUUCUAUGUUUCUAUGUAAGCCUCGAGAUUGAUCAGCAGGCACAAAGAUGUGUAGAUAAUAAUCCGUAAUGAAAGUAACUAGGCAUACAAGGUAAUGUAUUUUUUUUUACUGUUCAUUCUGAAUGUGCACAAACUUUUUUUUUUUGAUGACUUGUUUCUGUUCAGAACUCCCAGACACAACUAGCCAUGCUGCACCAACCGACACAACAAGCAGGAGAAGAGCAGUCUCAGAACAGUCUGGAAACUGCUGCAAUCAUAUAUGACCAAGGUGAGAAAAAAUAUUAUUACACUGAAGCAUUACGUUUGAAUCAAUGUGCAUGCCCCUUUCUGCAGAUUUUAAUAUUUUUGUGGACCAAAGAGCUAGUUAUUGUAAUGGGGGAUGUGCAGCACUCUUAAGGGAAAAAAGUUUUGAAAAUGAGAAACUCAUUGCUCCCUCUUUUUUCAGGUGAGGAAGAACUCACGACUCGAGCUGCUCUUGACUUGCUUUUAAAUAUGAGUGCACAAAGAGAUGCUUCUGGUGAUGGCCUGCAGGUAUGUCUUCUGAAAUAAUCCUACACAUGUUUACAGGCAAACAGCCAUAGAGAUACUUUUUCCUUUUGCACAUCCAUGCAAAUAUUCCCAAAGCAUAUAGUUAUCAAAGUGCAAUAUUAAUAUUCCAGUAUUUAUAUUAAAUUUAAGGAGGACUCUCAGGCUUUUUCAUGUAAAACUCACUUUUAAGGUGCACAAUUCCCAACAAACUUUUCAGUCCAGCAUUAAUUUCACCUGGAUUGUUAUCAUCCUUCUAUAGUUGAGUUGCAUCACAUUGCAAUCUUUCACACUAUAUUUAUCCUCCAUCAUCCUAUCGGAAUGUUUCCGUGCUUAGUACCUUCUCUACAUGCACACAAGACUGACAGGGCACAAGAAUUGCACAAUUACACUGCAUGAAACCAUGUCUCUCAAAGCAGGCACACCAAUGACACUGUACGGAACAAAGCACCAAACAUACAUGUUUUUUUUUCCAGGUGUGAGGAAGCUUCCAUACUCCUUUUACUAUCCGUAUCUGAUUGGCCUUAACAACAUUACUUGGUUUUGUUGGAAUUUGAAGCUUGAUCUUGAUGUCCUUGUUUAAAAUUGUUUUAUGGGUACUUUUUUGUUUAGAACCAUCACACGUAUUUUAGGCUUAAUUUUUGUUGUCAUCGUAAUGCAGGUUGCUGUGGUUAAGUCUGGCACUUGUGGGGAUGGUCAAGGAUCAGAGGCAUCCGAUGGUGCCCAAGAACCACCAAUGACUCAGGUCUUGACCCUGCAUAUGGAUGAAAGAGAAGUGUCAGAGGUUCAUCAGGCUGGAUUUGAGGAGACAGGCGUGCAGCAGAUCACCAUUAACACAGCAUUCACAGCUGCAGAGUAUAGUCUAAUAAAUGCAGAGAACAUCCAGUCAUCGCUUUGCAGGUAUUCCUCCAGGAGGGAAAAAGAAAAUAAUUUGGUGCUGUGAGAAAUAAGUGAGGCAAAUUAGUCAUGUGACAUUGUUCUGGUGUGUAACAGGAGAUCAGAACAUUUGUAGAUAAAGAGCACAACAUGGGAUACUGUAGUGUUUAGUCUGGAAAUCGGUUAUUUGUACCAUUUAGAUUAUACAAGUUUCUUAUACAAUAUCCAUUUCUAUAUUGCUGAUUACAGUGAUGCUGACAUCCCAAAUGAUUCCCCUCAAACUCUUCUGGGUGAGAAUUUAAAAGACAAAAGGGCACUUCAGGUCCUACGCAAGCCUCGACAAGUUCAGGUAAUGUCCCAUUUCGUAUCGUUCUUCCUUGUGUUCCAGUUCUCUCAUGUGCUUGAUUUUCCCAAAACUCUUUUCAUUGUGAUAUUUUAUUUUUCCAUCCUUCAGCUUGCCUCAGGUAAUUCUCCUCCACCUCCUGCUGCUAAAAAGUUUUCCUGUAAGUUUUGCAGUUCCUCCUUCUGGGGUCGAGCAGAAAUGGAGAGUCACAAGAGAGCACACGUAGAGGGAAGCAAUGGAUUUAAGUGCCACGAUUGUAACUUCAUUGCACCGUCCUGGCCUGAAGUUCGGGUAAGGCAAUUCAAAGCUCUACUUUACUGCUUCUCCACUAAUUUUAAUGUAAUCAUAUUGUUCUUUCUUACAGCACCUAUUACAAUGUGCUCUCCCUCUUUUACAAAGAAAACCUUACAAUAUAUAUCCCGUUCGUUCAGCCUCAUGAUUGUAUGUCUUAUUUUAAGUAUUUCUAUUUCAUGAUUCAAAUCCGCUGGGAGCUGUAUUGCUGGAUAUCCCUAAACUUCAUCCUUGUCUUUAUACUCUCCCUAAUUUUUUUCUACACUCUACCAUCGUUCAGGACCUGUCUAUUCAAAUAGACCCCUUGUAAUCUCUUUUCUCUUUUCUCCAGAACAUAAAAACUAAAAUAUUUUAACUUAGUUGGGGUAUUUUUCUGUUUUAGUCUAUCUUCAAUUCGGUUUCCAAUUCUCCAGAAUACCCAGUUUAGUGAACAAACCACCCAUGUUGGUAAACUUGGAAAAACUGAACAUUUCUCAAACUUUUAUUUGUCGCUAACAGUUUCUAACAAUUUCAGCAUUGUGGUAGUCCAUGUGUCACCUUUGUGUCUUUCCAUUGUGGUUUUUUUUGUUGUUGUUUUUUUUGUUACCUAAAAAAGACAGACCUUCAGUUCUGACACAGCAUUAGCCUCACACUUGUGGUUUUUGAUCACAUCUAACUUCACAGUAGCCAUGACACAUGCACAACAAUGUCACAUCUGCUCAAUUUGAAUAUCUUCUUCUUACUCUAAAUUCUCUGACAUCUUGCUUCCAGGAUCACAUGACGUUGCAUGCUGAUCUUCGUCCUCACCGCUGCAAUCAAUGCAGUUUUGCCUCCAGGAAUAAGAAGGAUUUAAGUAGACAUGCCAUGACGCACACCAACCACAGGCCCCACUUCUGCCAUUUGUGUGGACAAAGGUACUAAUCUGCUAUAUUUUAAUUCCUUUUUGUUUUCUCGAACCCCAUCUUUUAAUUGAAUUAUUGUCUCUUCUUUAUACAUUGUUUUCUUUUACAUCUGUACCCUUCCACUUAUAUUAUUUUGUAAUCCCUUCCAUUUUAUUGUUCUUCUAUUUGUGCUUUCUAAAGCCUCCUUUGUUUUCCAUGUCUGUUUGUUUCUGUUCACACUAUAUUCUGUUUUACAACACUCUUGUCUUUUAUCCUUCUUUUUGAUUGUCUAGCCUUGUUUUCUCAAGCUUAUUUUUUUUAUGAUUUUUUUUUUUUUUUUUCACUUCACCUUCCUUCCUUUACACCUGUGCGCUGUCUUUUCAGGUUUAAUCGGAAAGGUCAUCUGAAAUUCCACAUACAGCGACUACAUAAUGGAGGCAGCGUUCCACAGCCUGAGAACGAAGGUCGGGUUUGGCUAGAAUACAUAGAGAGAACACGUUGUAUGUGUAUAGUAUUUUUAGGAGCCAUUUUUCAAUCUGUCAUUCACUAUCUUUCCAGAGCUGACAUCCGGGCCUCCUUUGGAAGAGGAACAUGUGUUCUUAACGCAGGGGGAAACUAUUUCUAAUCAGGUUAAAAUUAAGCAAUGUUAUGUUUUUAAUAUUCUUAAAGUAUGGGGGUUUUUUUUUGUCUUCUAUUCUUGGUUUUAUCCUUCUCUCCACUACCAUGUGCUGAUUGUUUCUUCUCUUUUUUUUUGUUGAAGGGGUUGUUUAUUUUUAUUUUUAGUGGGUUGAAUUAAACUUGAUUAUAAAGUAAGUGAACACUAGAGUAUCCUGUUUCUAUAUAGGAGAAUACAGCUUACAUCCAAGAAAUUACAACGGCGGAUGGACAAACCCUUCAGCAACUGGUCACUGCAGAUAACCAGGUAAAUGUGUUGCCGUUUAUACACAGUUUUGUUUGUUGUUUCCAAUGGUUUUAUCAUUCUGGUACUUGCUGUAUCCAUACAUCUAUAUAUGUAAGAUACCCAUCUCCAUUGUGUUAUACUCUCUCUUUAUAACCCUUUCUGCAGGUGCAGUACAUUAUUUCCCAAGAAGGAGUCCCUCACCUACUUCCACAGGAAUAUGUAGUGCUGCCAGAGGGACACCAUAUUCAGGUAGUUACUUCUGGAUAACAGAUUUCUGUCCUGUUUACAAUCUGCACCCCCUUAAUUAUUAACAAUUAUGCUGCUCCUCUGACACUAAAAGUGCCUUUCUAUUCCAUAAACAUAACUGUUCUAUCCAUGUCUCUUACGUGUAUAGAAAUGAUAUCAAACUGAUAGGUUUCAAGACUUCCUCGCACUACUUAACCCAUCAAGCCACUGUCCGUCAGAAGGAGAAAUAAAUAAAUUGAUAUAUCGGUUUUAUCAACUUCCAGUUAUCCCAUUUUUGCCAGAACAGAGAUAAACCCAUCCUGCAUUACGAAAUCUACCUGGAAGUUCUGUUUGCAAAUGGUACUGUUUGCAAAUUGAAGUGCCGCUAGAUGAAGGACACAGCUUAUAGUGUCAAACUAAAAUAAGAUGCCAGCGCAUUGUAUUUAACGUUGAUCCCUCUUAUGACUCAUGGGCGCCUAUUGUUAAUAUCUCCCCCUUCAAAUGUUAUAGUGGGUGACAUUCUAUGUACAUAGAUUGAAACCCCAAACUACAUUGCUGGCGAAGUGUAUCAUGGUGCCUUACAUCUGAACCCUCCUUUAUGUCAUGAUAGUCUCUGUGCAAACACUUUAAAGGGGGCUGUGGGAGGGGAUUUGGCUGUAAGAGAUGUUCUUGCGAGCCAUAUGGCUGUGGGGCCAUGUACUGGUGGAGGAUUGUGGCUGUGGGCAUGUGCACUGGUGGUGGGGUAAUUGAAGAUGUGGCUGUGGGGAUGUGGUCCGAGGAGAUGAAUUUAGUAUUCUAGUUACUUAAAAUUUAGCUUAAAAUAUCUUUCCACAGCCAUUUCCUAAACCUGAAACCUAAACUGUGCACUAAAACCAGUUUUGCUGUUUAGUGUCCCUAUAAUCUCAUGCACAUUAUUGACUAACAAUCAAGGUAAGCUUAUUCCUGCUCACCUAACUUAAAGGAAUACUAUAGGCAGCAUAACUUUAGCUUAACGAAGCAGUUUUGGUGUAUAGAUCAUUCCCCUGCAUUCUCACUGUUCAAUUCUCUGCCGUUUAGGAGUUAAAGGGAAACACCACUGCCCAAAUGAGCCAAAAAGAAAAUGGCUCUUUAGUAGUCGUUAGUCCUCUUUUACCUCCAAUAAACACACACGUUAAUUUCUACAUACAUGUGUUAAUUUGGGGUACAUCAUAAAAGAGCUUACAAAUGCUGCAGUUAUUAUGAAUUGAAGCUUUAGCGAGCCUUCUUCCCCCUUUUCCUGCUACUCUUCUUGGGGAAAUAACCAAUUAGAGACUUGCAGGAUGUCUGGUCUGAGAUCUGGAGUAUAUAUGUGAACUGAUCUGAGGGCUGUGGGGGAGGUGAGUGACGAAACAAGUCUGCAAACCUCCCUGGCCGUUUAGGUAGCCUGUGUAAGUCACCUGCAGAGAGGUGUGACAAGGGCCGCAUGAAUAAAGUGAUUUAACUCUUAAAUGUCAGAGAAUUGAGAAGUGAGGCUGCAGGGACAUGAUCUAUACAAAAACACUUUAUUAAACUAAAGUGGUUUUGGUGCCUAUAGUAUCCUUUUAAGAUUACAAUAAUUUGCAAUAUUAGCACCAUUCAGAAUCCCAGUUUAGACCUCCAAAUUGUUAUACUUUAUUCCAUAGUAGUAACUAGUUAUGUCCCGAACGGUUCGCCGCGGACUCAUCAUUGAGUAAACUUUGACCCUGUACCUCACAGUCAGCUGACACAUUCCAGCCAAUCAGCAGCAGACCCACCCUCCCAUCUCCUGGACAGCAUCCAUUGUGAAACUGCAUUCUUAGUGAGCUGUCCAGGAGGUGGGAGGGAGGGUCUGCUGCUGAUUGGCUGGAAUGUGUCUGCUGACUGUGAGGUACAGGGUCAAAGUUUACUCAAUGAUGAGUCCGCGGCGAACAGUUCAGGACAUCACUAGUAGUAACCUUUUUCAUCACAUGAUGAUACUUGGCAUUUCUGUGGUUUUAAAAAUGCUUUAUAAGUUAGAAUGCUUAACGAGAUUGCUGUUUUGGCACUGACUAAGACCAACUCUGCAUUAUUAUGGAUAAGCACACAUUAAAAAAAAUAUAUGGUUAGGCAAUUUUUUUUUUUUUUUAAUUAAAAAAUAUGUAUAUAUUUUCGCUUUUAAUAGUGUUACAAAUCUUUUAAGGUUAUCUGGCACUUCUCAGGAUUGUUAAUAUUAUGAUCACUUAUCCCUUAAACAUGUUAAAUAUAGGGGAUAAGUGAACACAAUAUUAAAAUUCCUUAUUUACUUUUACAACACCAUUAAAGCCCAAUCGGUAAUGUUUUUGUGUUUUAUGUGUUCUUUGUGAAAAUUUAAAUAAGAAUGUUCUGUCUCUGCCUACAUUUUAAGUCCCUUUUACAUCCUGGUUACUGCAUGCAGGAAUACAUCUGAAAUCCCUUAGUCUAUAUUGAAGGGACACUCCAGACCCCUGAAGCACUUUAGUUUGCUGAGAUACUUGACAUUCAGAGUGCAGAUACAAGAGGCUGCAAAGGAGUAUGCUAUUCUGCAAAGGCUGCGAUUUAAAACACAUACAACAAGCAUGAAUGACAUUCUCAUAUAACCAUAACCGAACUAUGAGUAUGUUGUGACUAGUAUAGGAUGUCAUUAAACAUCUCCCGUUCACUCCGCCUUUUAGUCCCCCCUCCCCAUUAGACAAUCUUUAGGGGUUUUGUUUUGUUUUUCUCAAUUAUAGAAUGCAGCAUCAAGAAUUCCAGCACAUUAAAGUAAUGUAUAGCGCAAUACACAUUCCGAGGCAUGUUGACAGACAUGAAAGUAUUAUGAAUUGUAUAACAGACAAUAUGCAGUAAGGUUAUGGUGUGCAUUACUGUCACAGGGAGAUUAGUAGUGCGGUUGUAGCUGGUGUAUGUCUGUGUGACCUUAACAAAUAUGGGCAAGUUCUUAGAUCGGGAUUAGGCGGAAUACUAAAGGGUAGGUCUUGUUAUGAUGGUCUCGUUGGAAAAUGAGUCACGUCCCUCUGCAUCCAUUUGAUCUCCUCGUACAUUGGCUGCCUCAGGGAGUCCCAGAAGUGUUAAGAAUAAGAGAGAGGGGGGCGGGGCUUAGCGGCGGAACGAGCCGGACGCCAUUUCUGACAGCUCUGAGCUAACUGAAACUGAAUCCGUCAGCAUCACCAAAAGUACUUGCCAUCCACGCAAACAAUUACCAGCAUUGCCCGAGGGAGUCCAUCCUGCACCGCCCGAUGCCAUUCCGGUACAAUUCGAGGCAGGUAAAGCCCAAAACGAAAAUCCGGGCCUACUACACACCGAACAGCCGCGGCCUGGAGUACUUGUGGGGCGGAGAGAGCCUGGGAGACCCAAGCGAAGUCCAUCUACAGGACCCCGACCAGUCCCACAAAGAGAUGGGGCGCAGAUCACAACGGCCACACCAAGGUACUGUCACAGCACAGCCUGACAUAGGGGCAUUGCUGCAGAAACAAACCCCAGCCAAAAUGGCGUCCGACCAGGGCCCAGACCCCCCACAGGCAGACACCCCACCUGCACAAACCACUCAGGGGGACACACAGAGAUCUCCACAGCUCACACAGACCCCAACCACCAAACCCAUACCCCCACAGGGAUCAACAGACCCAGCCACAAAGCAGGACCUGCAGCAGUUGCAAACUAUGCUGCAGGAUAUACAACACCUGCUGGCAGCAGACCUACCAGCGCUCAAAACGAGCAUGCAACAGAUCACAGAAAAAGUGACCACUACUGAAAACCAAGUCAAAACAAUACAGGGAGAAGUCUCUACGCUACAAGAUUCGCUCCACCAACUACAACAAGACCAGCAACGCUUAGCAAUACAACUGGCGACGCAGGAGGACAAAAACCGGCGCAACCACAUCAAAAUCAGAGGCAUCCCGGCAUCGGUGAGCAAAGAAGACCUACCGCAUUACGUGAGGCGACUCACACAAUCACUACUCCCUCCCGCAGUAACUAAGAAACUCGCCUUUGCAGGGAUUUACCGCCUACCCACCCCUCCUAGAGCCGCCGCAAAACGCUAGCCGGAGAUGUCAUUGUCCGGUGCGCCCUACCGCAAGACAAGGGGCACAUCAUGAGCGCCAUCAGGGGUAAGACCCCGCUUGAUUUCGAGGAAACCCAACUGACCUUUUAUCAGGACUUAUCCAAGGCCACCCUCCAGUGGAGAAAGUCGCUUACGGAACUCACAGGCCAUCUGCGUACAGCGGGGAUACCAUAUAGAUGGGGGAACCCCCGCUCUCUGCUCAUCACCCACCAGGGGACCACCCAUAAAAUCACCUCAGGGACUGAGGCCCCUACACUACUCACAAAAUUGGGCCUGCAAAACUUGCCCAACCUGGGCACUCCCCACGUAUGGAAUCCAGAUACCUCGGAUACGUUUGUGCCGAGAAGACAGAGAAUGGACACGCAAGCCACCUGACGGACAGGGGGAGAGAGGUCUCUUAACCCUGCCCGCUUAACGGCGAUAUCCAUAUGUCUUGUCUACUACAAUCUGUAUUCCCACCACCCUCCGCGCAAUACAUUUCUGAUGUUGAAGUUCUUAUCUGUUUAUCGCUAGCUAGAUGACUUAGCUGACGAGCUGCCGCAUUACCAGACCAUAAGCUAUACCCUAAGCCAAAACCUACCCCCCCGACAGCCCCUAGGUUAGGGCUACCACCCCUCAUGAGAGGUCCCCAGCGGAACUAGAUGACCAAGCCACUUCGGAACACGUGUACCACUCACCAGACUACAUGACCGACGAAACUACACCUACUGCACCCACAUGGACCCUAGCACCACUCCGCAUCUCCACACAUACUUCCUAGCACCAAUAGGGUCACGUCAUCGACACCAACCCAUGACCUAGGUACUGCACCCACAGACGAGUAACACGACUAAACCCCUAUACGACACAACCUCUACCUAGGAUGUUACGCCUGUUAAACUUAAUGAAAAAAAUGUGCUAAAACUGAUCACAUGCAUUAUCUGACAAAUGUUUAAACCUGUUACCUACUCAAACGAUGCAUAAGAUGCAACAUGUCUAACUCUUGUGCACGCAAAAAUAAAGAAUUAUAAAAAAAGAAUAAGAGAGAGAAGAGGGAUAAGGGGCGGGGGUGGGGAGUAGGGUUAGAGGAAAGAGAAGGAAAAGAAAAGACAAAAGAAACUCCCAUUAUUUACAUUAUACCUAAUAUGUAUAUGUGGUAUUCAACCCCGGGGUUGACCCUCUUUAUUCCCCAGCCAGGACCCGAUGGACACCCUGGCUGAUCUAGCAUGAGUUUCAGGAAUAGUCACAGGUCUCCAUGAAUGAAGAGACAAAGGGCCCUUAGACAGGGUUGGUUAGGCGUUUUGCCUACGUUUGGGUACAUUUCUCAGUCGUUCCACAUAGAGAGGCCGUGAGGAACUCCAUGUUGUAUAAUUCUUAAACUGAUUCAUAAUAAAAUGAAAGAUAGGUGAGGUGCAGUGAGAAGAAUUAGUGCAGGCAAGCUUCUGUGGAGAGGUCACUCCAACCCCAAAUAUGUACCAAAGAAAACCAGAAAAACACAGGGCGCCACAAUCACUAUAUAAAUACUGUAUAGGGGUAAAGGAAGGAAAAAAUGAGAUCAAGAGGAAAAAAAUAUAUAAAGUAAACAAAAAUUUAUUACAUAAAAAAUCCACAAUAUAUAGCACAAAACAUGUGCAGUAAAAUAUAUAUUAAAAGGCCAUAAUGGGCCAGAGACCCAUAAGUAUAGCAGCUUAACACAAUAAAUACUGGACUAAAUACAUAAAGUGCAAAACGUGCAAAUGAGAUUAAAGUGCACAACUUGGUCAUCCAGGUGUACACACAGUAUUAUACCAUAGAAAGAAGACUCAAAUAACAGAGUGAGCACUUAAUAGUCCAAAUAGACACAAUAUUGCACAAAAAGAUAAAUCCAGCAUAUGUGAUAAUAAAACUGCCGAUACCAAAUCACAGGGUCUCCUGGUAAGCUCAACGCGUUUCGUCCUACGACUUCCUCAGGAGCAUCGAAACUGAUUCAUGGUUGGGGUUUCUAACUUGCGCCACUUGAGCAGUGUGAAGGAAUAACCCCAUCACUUGGUUCAGCACAUUUAAUUUCCUUUAUGUUCGUUUAUUUGUUCGAACCCACCUGGUUCAAUUCCCGAACGAGGACCACUCCAACACCUCAUUAGAACAUGGUGUUGGUAUGAAAACCACAACAGAAACAAUUAAUAGAAUGCUCCCCUGGGUGGCCACCAUUUCGUGCAACACGUGGUUGUCAAACUGGAUGCAAGCCAUUUUGUCUCCCGAACGCAGGCAUUUGUACUUGGUCGUCGAGUGCCUGGAACUGAUUUCAGCCAGGCACUCCUGCGUACACCACUGAAGAUGGAACUACUGCCUGUUUAAGUUCCCGACCGAUCAGAAUUGCUGAUUAAAUCAGGGUUUGACAAAUUAAAUAGCAGUGAUGACAAAUUGCACCCGAGCUGAGAAGCUGUCUCUAUAUCUUUUUAACUUCCCUGACCGGGCCCCACAGCUUGCAUCUCUGUAUGCUUCCACAGCAGAGAAAACUUAAGGUUUCUCCUUGCACUCCCUUUGGCAUGCUAACAUAGAGUGCUAGUGUGUUGUCAUAUCUAAUUACUUCCUGCAGUGUCUGUUAGGAAGCCAGGUUCCGUUCACAUCACUAUAAAUCAGGGUUAACUUCAAUGACUUGGAGAUAUAACGUGCUUUAGCUAACCUCAUUAGCUGAUCUUUUUUUUUUUUUUUUUUAAUUCUUUAUUUUUCAUUUUUGGUGCAACAUUUAGAUUGUACAGAUUGUUAAAAAGUUGAGGUUCGGUACCGUUCAUAGUUUGCACCGUUUUGGGUCAAGCAAUAGCAAUAAUUUUAAACAACAGUAACAUGUUAAAACAAAACAGUAUUCAUUAUUUAGGUGUUAUGAUGUUUUGUGCGUUCUUGUGUUGGGAGAGGACUUUGCUUUCAAUCAGUAGCUCCUGUCUAGAGUAGGUCUGGUGGUGAUGGGACCCUAUGUGAAGAUUGAGUAGGUUUUCGAGUCGUGUAGUAGCAAGGUUGCGUCAAUUCCAUGUUUCAUGGUCGGACUCGCUGUGUUGUGCUGAGUAUAGGUGUCUACAUGCGUUAGUGGAGGUGAGCUGUUUGUCGUAGAUAGCGUGCUUUGGGUUGAUUACCCCUAACCAAGGGGGCUGCGGGGGGGGGGGGUGAUUUGUCAGGCGCUCUGUGGUUGGACGUGUGAUAUGUUGGCUCUCAGUGGCGUAGAGAGGGUGGGUGUGGCAAUGGCCUGUAGUGUUUGGGAAUUGUUAGCGGAGGCUAAAUAGUAAAUAUUGUAAAACGUAAGUAGUAAAUAGUAUAAAACAUGAAUAGUAUAAAACGUAAAUAAAGUCACGGAAUGAAAUCAAAAUUUGUGUGCACCAUUCCUGGUGGCAAAGCCUGCGGUGUCAGUCCACUUCAGUCAUGGUACAGGGUGUUGUGACCCGCUGGGUCUCGGUUCCGACUGGGCGUUGUUCCUGGGAUCCUGGACUUCCAGUUGCGGGCUUUUUCGUGGUGGAAGCAUCGGGUUGGGUAGUUUCAAAGCGGUUAGGAGAUUAGGUGCUUCUUCCACGGAGGUUAGGACGUGGGUAGUGCCUUCUUGGGAUACCUCCAGAGUCCCGUUAGUGCCCCAUUUGUAUGCAAUUCCCGCUGCUCGGAGUUGUGUGGUGAGCGGUCCAUACGAUUUGCGCCACAUGAGGGUGGCCUUUGAUAGGUCCUGGAAGAACGUCAGGGAAGAGUUCUCAAACAGAAGCGGUGUCUUGCCUUUCAGCCCAGCCAUUAUGUGUAGUUUAUCUUGUACUGUGACACAUCUGAGGAUGACGUCUCUGGCCGUUGGGGUCUUUAGGUGGGGAGGGGUAGGCAAGCGGUAUACCCCAUCUAUGAUCAUUUUCUUCACUGCCGUGUGUGGGAGUACUGUAGCUAGUAGGCGUCUGGUGUAAUGCGGCAGCUCUUCGGCUGAUAUCUCUGCAGGGAUGCCCCUGAUUUUUAUGUGUGAGCGGCGUUGUCGAUCUUCCAUGGUUGACCUUUUGAGUGACAGGUACGUUUGUUGUUGUUGGAUUUGUUUGAUGGUGUCUUCCAUCGUGUUUAUGUGAGCAUGUACCAUCACUACUUCUGCCUCCGUGGUGUACACCUUUUCCGUGACCGUGCGCAGUUCGGUCCUCAGAAGGGCUGAGUCAGCUGCUAGGAGCUUAUGGAUGUCUGCCAGAAGAAGCUUUAAGUCACGUUUAGUGGUUGGUGCAGAGUCAUCCGGAGCUCAUUAGCUGAUCUAUCACUAAGUUAAUGAAUACUAUAAUACCAACGCACACCAAGGAUAUGAGUACAAAAAUUGAUUUUAGUUCUUUGAAUGCAUAUUUAAUGGUAAAAUUGCAAUAGUACAGAGCAACGGUACAAAUAAUGACAUUAAAUAUACCAACUUGCAUGCAUGGUAAGUAAACUGCUCUGAAUAUAGAGCUCUUGAACUAACAACCCAUAAACUAUAAACCAGGUGUACUGACCUAGAGCCUAUGUGUACAUUUGCGCUGUACUAUUUGCACUUUUUCCAUUAAAUAUACAUUCAAAGAAAUAAUAUACAUUUUUGUACUCCUAUCCUUGGUGUGUUUUGGGUAUUAUUGUAUCAUAAGCUUGUUAAUACCUGGUGAGGGAACAGGUUUUCUCAUUUAAGCACCCUGAUUGCUUUUAUUUGCAUGUCACACAUAGAUGACCCAUAUUGGUUGAGAUUUCACUAUAAUAUUUUGUGUGUGUGUGUGUAUAUAUAUAUGUAUGUGUGUGUAUAUAUAUUAUAUCUCUCUAUCACAAAUAAUGGCACUCACCCUUACUAGUAUAAUAAAUAGUAGAAGUGCCCUGGUGCAAUCUCACGCUAAUAAAUAAUUAUAUUGAAAAAAGAUCCUGAGGAAGACCCGAACGGGUCGAAACGUUGAUCAAGCAACCUGUAAACCUUCUAUGGAUUAAAGACUGUUAGUAUUUUAAAAAAAACCGAAGAGUGCAUCUUUUUUCAAUAUAACUAUAUAUCUAUACACAUACCAUAAUUAAGUUAGCCGGUGACAACAUUGUCAUGGUAAAUCAGCUCAAAACAACAGUACUAUCUAAGGACACUUUGAUUUUCUACGUGAUGCAAAACUUACUGUUUGCUUAAAAUUCUGAGGAAUAAUAGUGUUUUAACCUAAGUGGAAUUGUUCCUUCAUUGGCCAAGAGAUAUUUGUAUUAAUUUUGUAGUUCUUUUGGAUUGCAUGAUCUUUGGUCUCACCCAGAUAAUCUGCUCGUAGAGAAAGGCUAGUACAAUCGGAGUCCUGGAAACCUUUUGAUUAGGUGGCUAAUUGAAAUGUCAAAUACGGCAGUAUUCUAAAUAAAAUAGAAUGCUUUAUACAGGAUUUUUGCAGUUUAUAGGAAUCUACAAAAAAAAAAACUACCAUCAUGCUUCCAGUAAAUGGCAUCUCAUCCGUUUAAAAUCACUCAUAUCCUGAGCACAGUGCAUUCACCAUAUACUCUUAAAGAUUUUAAAACAUUAAUUUAUUCUGCACAGUGAUUCCCUUCAUUCUUUAUCAUUUUAAGGGUAUUUAUGUAUAUUCUAUACUUUGUUAUAAUAUUUCUUAUAUUUUGGGGAGGCAUUUUGUUUCAUAUAUAUGCAAUACCUAUUUAUUUUUUAAUAUUGAUUUAUGUCUUGGUGUUUAUUUCUCUUCCACAGGUUCAGGAUGGACAAAUUACCCACAUUCAGUAUGAGCCAGGAACGCAGUUUCUCCAGGACCCACAGGUAUCUUAUUACUCUUGUAUGCACUGUGACAGGACUGACAAAAAAGCCCUUUACAAUCGAUCAGCUCACGCUAGCAAGUGUCGCUUUGCCAGCCUACCCCUGCCAGUUAUGUAAGACUUGAUCAAACCGUCUAAGCAUUGAAUUCUUUUAUCCACAGAUUCACUUUGUUCCCAUGUCACCCACGCACCAGCUCUUAACACAGGAGCAGCUUGAAGCUGCUGCACACUCUGCAGUUACAGGUGAGAAUUAUGGCUAAAUGUGUAUUCAUAAUUUGAUUUGCUACCAUGUAUAACAGACCUAACCUGUUUCUCUUUUGCUAGCUGUAGCAGAUGCAGCAAUGGCUCAGACAGUGUACACGACCGAAAGAGAAACUGCCUUACAGCAUGAGAUAGAAUAUGAUGUGAUCACUCUGACGGACUGA